AUUUAAUUUCAGCGUGAUACCCAAAGAGUAGUAUAAUAAUACGGGUACCUAUAUCAAUAAAUUUGUAAUAAAAAUAUUUUGAUCACAUGUAUUAAAAAAUUUGUUAAUCAAGUUAUAUUUCGUUAUAAUGACUACCUCUAAUAUACAAGUUUUAUGCAACGUUCUGAAUAAAUUUAGGAUCGAUAAUAUUAUAAAAAGAUCUAAUCACUACCAGCCUCCUAGAUACCGGCCACCUUAUUGGUUUGUGAAGAAAGAAAGAGUUGUUAGUGAUGAUUUGUUAACACAAGAUAAUAGAGAUUUUAUUGAAGAAGUUAAACAAGAUAAACAAAAAUCUCAACUCAUUUUGGAAUCACCUUUGGCUAACAUUGAACCCCAAAAGUCAGCAGAAUGGACACCAUUCACCAGACGGGUUGGUGUCAUAGCUCGUAAAAUUGGAAAUUAUCCUCUAUGGUCAAAAGAUGGUAAGAAGUAUCAAACUACUUUAUUACAGGUAGUAGAUAAUCAUGUCAUAAAAUAUAUUCCACCAGAAGAGUUUAAACCAAUGAAGACAACUAAAGUAAAUUGGAGAGAAAAAAGGACUUUGGGUUGUUUGUUAGUUGGUUCUGAAACUAUAGAUCCAAGCACUGUCACAAAAGAUUACUGUGGAAUGUUUACUAAUGUUGGAAUGCUUCCUAAAAGGCAUUUAUGUAGAUUUAUGGUGACGCCUAAUGCUCAGCUCCCAACCGGUACACCAUUAUAUGCAACACACUUCAGAGUUGGUGAUUGUGUUGACAUCCGUGCAAAAACAAUUGAUCGAGGAUUUCAAGGUGUUAUGAAGCGAUGGGGUUUCAAAGGAAUGCCUGCAUCUCAUGGUGUCACUAAAACCCACAGAAGGCCAGGUAAUAUUGGUGCUGGAGGUGAAAAAGCUCGUGUUUGGCCAGGUACGAAAAUGCCUGGUCAUAUGGGUAAUAGAUGGCGUAUGUUGCGUGGUGUCAAAAUCCUGCGUAUAAAUACCGAACAUAAUGUUUUAUGGAUGUUAGGUGUAGCAAUUCCUGGAGAAACUGGUGCAAUGUGUUAUGUCUAUGAUACAGUAUUGCCCCUGAAAAAGUUGAAAACACCACCCGCUUUUCCUACACAGCCUCAUGUUGAUGGACUACCAUUGGAAUAUUAUGAUGAAUCCAUACAUCAAUUUGAUCAGCCAACAAUUACAUUUGAAGAAUCAUAGGGCUAAAAUUAAAUGUUAUUUACAAUAGAAGAAAACAUUUAAGUAAAAGGAAUAAUGGAAAAUUAAAAUCCUGCAAGAUGUAUGCCAGAACAAAAUAUUUUGUUGAAUGAUUAGUGUUUAGUUUAAUAAGUAUAAAUAAAAUAUAAAUAAAC